AUGGGGAGCACAAGUGCAGAAAAACUUAGGUUUUGUAUAGACAGAGGUGGCACAUUCACUGAUGUAUAUGCCGAAAUUCCUGGGUGCCCUGAAGCUCGGGUUAUGAAAUUGUUAUCAGUUGAUCCUUCUAACUACGAUGAUGCUCCAGUUGAAGGGAUUAGGAGGAUCCUGGAGGAGUUUACUGGUGACAUAAUUUCUCGUAGCUCAAAAGUUCCAACAGAUAAGAUAGAGUGGAUAAGAAUGGGAACAACCGUUGCAACAAAUGCAUUGUUGGAGAGGAAAGGGGAAAGGAUUGCAUUGUGUGUGACUAAGGGAUUUCGGGAUCUGCUGCAAAUUGGCAACCAGGCACGGCCCAAUAUCUUUGACCUCACUGUGUCAAAACCUUCAAAUCUUUAUGAGGAGGUUAUUGAGGUUGAUGAAAGGGUUGAGCUUGUGGCUGAUGGUGAGAAACUGGACAAUGAUUCUUCUGGGUCUAUAAUUAAAGGCAUCUCAGGUGAUCUGGUCAGGGUCAUAAAGCCUGUCGAUGAGGAAAAGCUUAAGCCUUUGCUCAAAGGUUUGAUGGCCAAAGGUAUUAAUUGCUUAGCUGUUGUCCUAAUGCAUUCAUAUACUUUCCCAGACCACGAAAUUUCUGUUGAGCGGUUAGCUCUACAGUUGGGGUUCCGUCAUGUUUCUUUGUCAUCCGCUUUAACUCCUAUGGUUCGAGCAGUUCCUCGGGGUCUAACUGCAAGUGUGGAUGCGUACCUUACUCCAGUUAUUAAAGAAUAUUUAUCUGGAUUUAUGUCCAAAUUUGAUGAGGGGCUGGGGAAGAAGUUAAAUGUUCUGUUCAUGCAGUCAGAUGGUGGACUUGCACCUGAAAGCAGAUUUUCAGGCCACAAAGCACUGUUGUCAGGGCCUGCUGGAGGGGUAGUUGGCUACACACAAACUCUUCAUGGGCUUGAAACAGACAAGCCCCUCAUUGGUUUUGACAUGGGAGGUACAUCGACGGAUGUAAGCCGAUACGCGGGCACUUAUGAACAAGUCAUAGAGACCCAGAUUGCUGGAGCAAUUAUCCAAGCACCUCAGCUUGACAUAAACACUGUUGCUGCUGGGGGUGGUUCUAAAUUGAAAUUUCAGUUUGGAGCUUUCAGAGUGGGACCAGAAUCUGUCGGUGCACAUCCAGGACCAGUCUGUUAUAGGAAAGGUGGAGAGUUGGCAGUAACUGAUGCAAAUCUUAUCUUGGGGUAUGUGAUUCCAGAUUACUUCCCAUCAAUCUUUGGUCCUAACGAGAACCUUCCUUUAGAUAUUGACGCGACUAGAGCUGAAUUUGAGAAACUUGCGAAACAAAUUAAUUCAUACCGGAAGAACCAGGAUCUGUCAGCAAAGGAUAUGACAGUGGAGGAGAUUGCACAUGGUUUUGUGAAAGUUGCCAAUGAAACCAUGUGCCGUCCAAUACGGCAGUUGACUGAGAUGAAGGGUCAUGAAACAAGUAAUCAUGCUCUUGCUUGUUUUGGAGGAGCUGGACCACAACAUGCCUGUGCAAUUGCUAGAUCAUUGGGUAUGAAGGAGGUUUUUAUUCACCGGUAUUGUGGUAUAUUGAGUGCUUAUGGGAUGGGGUUGGCAGAUGUCGUCGAGGAGGCACAGGAGCCAUAUUCUGCUGUUUAUGGUCCUGAGUCUCUGAUUGAGGUCCCCAUCAGAGAAGAAAAUUUGAUGAAGCAGGUAAGGCACAAGUUGCAAGAGCAAGGAUUCAGGGAGGGUAAUAUCAGAACAGAAGUAUAUCUGAAUUUAAGGUAUGAAGGGACAGAUACUGCCAUCAUGGUAAAGAGUCCUAUCAAUGAAGAUGGAUCGAAAGGAGACUAUGCUGUUGAAUUUGUGAAACUAUUCCAACAAGAAUACGGUUUCAAACUUCAAAAUAGAAAUAUCCUCAUUUGUGAUGUUAGGGUUCGUGGUAUUGGUGUCACUAAUAUACUGAAGCCGAAGGCAUUAGAAUCUAUCUCAGAUGACCCUAGAUCUGUAGAUCAUUACAAAGUUUACUUUAACAAUGGGUGGUCGGACACACCUUUGUUCAAGCUUGAGAAUCUAGGCUAUGGCCAUGUAAUAUCUGGCCCUGCAAUAAUUAUGAAUGGAAAUAGCACUGUGAUUGUGGAGCCCAAGUGCAGAGCACUUAUUACAAAGUAUGGAAAUAUCAAAAUCGAAAUUGAAUCAACUUUAACAGGUGCUAAAGCAGCAGGAAAAGUUGCAGAUGUUGUGCAGCUGUCAAUUUUCAAUAACAGGUUUAUGGGGAUAGCUGAGCAGAUGGGACGCACGCUCCAAAGAACUUCGAUUUCAACAAACAUCAAAGAGCGCUUAGAUUUCUCAUGUGCUCUUUUUGGUCCUAAUGGUGGUCUUGUUGCAAAUGCCCCUCAUGUCCCUGUGCAUCUGGGAGCUAUGUCUAGCAGUGUUCGUUGGCAGUUGAAGCACUGGGGCAAUAACUUACAUGAAGGAGAUGUUCUGGUUACUAAUCAUCCUUCAGCAGGUGGUAGCCACCUUCCUGAUAUCACCGUAAUUACCCCCGUCUUUAAUAAGGAAAAAUUGGUAUUCUUUGUGGCAAGUAGAGGGCAUCAUGCUGAGAUUGGAGGCAUAACUCCUGGAAGUAUGCCCCCAUUUUCCAAGGCAAUAUGGGAAGAAGGAGCUGCGAUAAAGGGAUUCAAGCUUGUGGAGAAAGGUGUUUUCCAGGAAGAAGGAAUCACUAAACUUCUCAAGUUCCCCAGCUCUGAUAAUACUGUUUAUAACAUUCCUGGAACUCGAAGGCUUCAAGAUAAUCUAUCGGAUCUGCAUGCACAAGUAGCUGCAAAUCAAAGGGGAAUAUCUUUAAUUAAGGAGCUUAUUGAGCAGUAUGGCUUGGAGACUGUGCAGGCUUAUAUGAGUUAUGUGCAGGAUAAUGCAGAGGAAGCAGUGAGGGAAAUGCUCAAGGAUGUUGCAUCCAGAGUUAUCUCUAAGUCAACCGGGGAAGGCCAUUCAGUAACUAUUGAAGAAGAAGAUUAUAUGGAUGAUGGGUCUGUUAUACAUUUAAAACUGACAAUCGAUGGUGAGAAAGGAGAAGCGUUUUUUGAUUUUUCCGGGACCAGCCCAGAAGUAUAUGGAAAUUGGAAUGCCCCAGAAGCAGUCACUGCAGCAGCAGUCAUUUACUGUCUGCGCUGUUUAGUGAAUGUGGAUAUUCCUCUUAAUCAAGGUUGCUUGGCCCCUGUGAAGAUAUAUAUCCCUCCUGGCUCUUUUCUCUCUCCAAGUGAUAAAGCUGCUGUUGUGGGUGGCAAUGUUCUCACAUCUCAACGGGUUACUGAUGUAAUACUGACUGCAUUUCAAGCUUGUGCUUGUUCUCAAGGUUGCAUGAAUAACUUGACCUUUGGGGACGACACUUUUGGUUACUAUGAGACUAUCGGGGGUGGAAGUGGAGCUGGCCCUAGCUGGGAUGGGACAAGUGGAGUUCAGUGUCACAUGACAAAUACUCGUAUGACUGAUCCCGAGAUUUUUGAGCAGAGGUAUCCUGUUUUCUUGCACUGUUUUGCAUUAAGGGAGAACAGUGGAGGUGCUGGAUAUCACAGAGGAGGUGAUGGUCUCAUAAGGGAGAUUGAAUUUAGAAAACCUGUGGUUGUAAGUAUCCUCUCAGAAAGGCGUGUGCAUGCCCCAAGGGGAUUAAAGGGAGGAAAAGACGGGUCUCGUGGUGCUAAUUUUCUCAUUACGAAAGACAAACGGACGAUAUAUCUUGGAGGUAAGAACACAGUUGAGGCCAUAUGUAGUCAAAUUUCUCAGACCACCAAAGACCAAACUCUCUGCAGGAGGAUACACCAACUUCACCAAUAUGGGAGGACUUCUAUGAGAUGCAAAAGAGAAACAAAGCUUCAAACUGAAAGUAAGAUGGCAUUAUGCUUUCAACCAAAUGGAGCAAACCUGGAAGAAGAUUCAGCAAUACUUUUCUCCAAUUCUUCUGACUCUCCAGGAGAAUCCACCUCUGAUUCUUCUUCUUCUUCUCAUCGUUCAUCACCAGCUAAUCCAUCCAGUACUGCUAAUCUAGCCUAUGAACUAAGCACCAGAAAUCUUUCCUACACUAUUAACAAACAGGGAUGGAGCUCCUUCUUGUGGAGCAGCAUGAGCAGAAAGAAGAACCAAGUUGAAAUAUUGAAAUCGGUCUCUUUCACUGCCAAAAGUUCUGAAGUGUUGGCGAUAGUUGGCCCAAGUGGAACUGGCAAGUCUUCUCUCUUGCAAGUUAUUUCAGGCAGGGUGAAAGACAAAGAUUUUCGGCCCAAGAGUGUGUUUCUCAAUGACCAUUCCAUAGGUAGUCCUGCUCAGCUGAGGAAAAUUUGCGGGUUUGUAGCGCAGGAUGAUGAUCUACUUCCCUUGUUGACAGUGAAGGAAACGCUGAUGUUCAGUGCAAAAUUCCGGCUUAGAGAACUUACAGCAAGAGAAAGGGAAAAGAGGGUUGAUCAAUUGAUGAAUGAGCUCGGCCUCGUUCAUGUUACUGAUGGAUUUGUUGGCGAUGAAGAGAACCGGGGAAUUUCUGGCGGGGAAAGGAAAAGAGUCUCAAUUGGAGUUGAAAUGAUUAAUGAUCCACCAAUAUUGUUGCUGGAUGAACCCACUUCUGGCCUGGAUAGCAAUUCUGCACUUCAAGUUAUGGAGUUGCUUUCCUUCAUGGCGAAAUCAAGGCAGAGAACCAUAGUGCUUUCAAUCCACCAACCAAGUUAUACAAUGUUUGAGCACAUAUCAAAAUUCUUGAUCCUUUCUUCUGGCUCAGUUGUCCAUAACGGUUCCAUAAUAAUGCUUGAGGAGACGAUAAGUAAAUUGGGAUUUCAGAUUCCUGUACAGAUUAACGCACUUGAGUUUUCAAUGGAAAUUAUGGAUGCACUGAAAGAAUCAUAUUCUGAGAAUCAAGAUCAUUUCUUUUUGCUGGAUCACAAGGUGCCAAUUAGUCAAGUUCAGGCUGAUGGUCCACUUAAUCACAAUGGAAAAAAAGAAGGCAGUCGGUUUUUCAGACACAUGUAUGAGAUCAUGGUUCUUUGCACAAGAUUCUUAAAGAUAAUUUACAGAACGAAACAGCUACUCUUUGCGAGAACAAUGCAGGCUCUAGUUGGUGGAUUUGGACUGGGAUCUGUUUAUCUAAAAGUAAGGAGCGACGAAGGAGGAGUCGCGGAAAGGUUAGGCUUAUUUGCAUUCAGUCUUAGCUUCCUUCUUUCUUCAACAGUUGAAGCACUUCCAAUAUACCUUCAAGAACGGCGAGUUCUAAUGAAAGAAGCUUCAAGGGGGGCUUACAAAGUUUCUUCAUACAUGAUUGCCAACACAUUAGUCUUCCUUCCAUUUCUUUUCGUGGUUUCUGUUCUGUUUGCUGUUCCUGUCUACUGGCUUGUAGGGCUCAAUCCUUCCGUUCUCGCGUUCGCGAUCUUCUUACUCGUGGUUUGGCUAAUAGUCCUAAUGGCCAGCUCCAUGGUCAUGUUCCUGAGUGCCAUUUCACCAGACUUCAUCUCAGGGAACUCUUUGAUUUGCACAGUUCUUGGUGCAUUCUUCUUGUUCUCUGGCUACUUCAUCCCGAAGGAAUGCAUACCAAAAUACUGGAUCUUCAUGUACUAUGUUUCCCUGUACAGAUAUCCAUUAGAUUGCCUUCUCACCAAUGAAUAUUGGAGCCAGAGAAAUGAAUGUUUUUCAUGGAGUAGUACACAAAAAGGGUAUACACAGACACAGUGCUUGCUCACAGGAAAUGAUGUCUUGCAGUCUAGAGGACUUGAUAGAGACACAAGGGGUAUUAACUUUGGAAUCAUGUUUUGCUUCUUUGUUUUCUAUCGGAUUCUCUGUUGGCUCAUUCUUUCUAGGAGGGUUUCAAAGACAAUAAUUUGA